CCGUCGGGAGCUAAACAGGGAGGGAUCACCGGGAUUGGGAACACUUCAGCCGCGACACAAAUCACCGUCUGCUUUGUCUUUUUCAUUUCUAACGGAAACAUCGUGAACAUAACAGGGGUACUGGAUAUCUGGAGGACGGCAUGGGAGAGCUCACGGCGUUUCUGCUGUUACUGGUGGCGACCUUGACGCUUUCAUCCGAGGUGCCUCUGGAUGACUCUGUGGGUUUGCUAACUGAACCCCAGGUGGCAAUGUUCUGCGGGAAGCUCAACAUGCACAUCAACGUGCAGAGUGGCAAAUGGGAGUCUGACCCCUCCGGCACCAAGAGCUGCAUCGGCACCAAGGAGGGCAUCCUGCAGUACUGCCAAGAGGUGUACCCAGAGUUGCAGAUCACAAAUGUUGUGGAGGCAAACCAACCUGUCAGCAUCCAGAACUGGUGCAAGAAAGGCCGCAAGCAAUGCCGCAGUCACACGCACAUUGUGGUGCCGUACCGCUGCCUGGUUGGAGAGUUUGUGAGCGAUGCCCUGCUUGUUCCUGACAAGUGUAAGUUCCUGCACCAGGAGCGCAUGGAUCAGUGUGAGAGCCACCUGCACUGGCACACUGUAGCUAAAGAGUCUUGCGGAGACCGCUCCAUGAAUCUCCAUGACUACGGGAUGCUGUUGCCAUGUGGUAUCGACCGUUUCCGAGGGGUGGAGUUUGUCUGCUGCCCUGCAGAAGCCGAGCGAGAGUCAGACAGCACGGAGCUGGAAGGGGAGGAGUCAGACGUUUGGUGGGGCGGAGCUGAGACAGAAUACUCUGAUAACAGCAUGUCACACCCAGCAGAUACAGAGCCAGCCGCCGCUGAGGAUGAUGAAGACGAGGAUGAAGAGGCCGAGACUUUUGAACGGGAUGAGAACGGAGAUGGUGAUAUAGAUGAUGAAGAUGAUGAUGAUGAGGAAGAUGACGACGACGACGUGACCGACGAGCGUGAUAGUGAUGAACGCAAUGCUAACAUUGCAAUGACAACCACAACCACUACCACCACUGAAUCCGUGGAGGAAGUCGUUCGAGCCGUUUGUUGGGCUCGUGCUGAGUCAGGCCCGUGUCAUGACAUGCUGGAGCGUUGGUACUUCCUACCGGAGAAGGGCCGCUGUGCUCCCUUCUUGUUUGGGGGCUGUGGGGGCAACAGGAAUAACUUUGACUCGGAGGAGUACUGCCUAGCUGUCUGCAGCAGCUCGUUGCCCACCGUGGCCCCCAGUCCUCCAGAUGCAGUGGAUCGGUACCUCGAGUCUCCCGGGGACGACAACGAGCAUUCUGACUUCCAGAAGGCCAAGGAAAGCCUGGAGGCCAAACACCGUGAAAAGAUGUCCCAAGUGAUGAGGGAGUGGGAAGAGGCUGAGAGGCAGGCCAAGAACCUUCCUCGUGCUGACAAGAAGGCUGUCAUCCAGCAUUUCCAGGAGAAGGUGGAGGCUUUGGAGCGGGAGGCAGCAGGAGAGAGGCAGCAGCUGGUGGAGACCCACAUGGCCCGGGUGGAAGCUUUGCUCAACAGCCGCCGACGCCUGGCUUUGGAAAAUUACCUCAGUUCCCUACAGGCCAACCCACCACGGUCUCGUCAGGUGUUGAGCCUACUGAAGAAGUACGUCCGUGCAGAGCAGAAGGACAGACAGCACACGCUGAAACACUACGAGCACGUCCGCACAGUCGAUCCUAAGAAGGCUGCACAGAUCCGACCUCAGGUUUUGACCCACCUACGUGUGAUUGAUGAGAGGAUGAAUCAGUCUGUCGGUCUGCUCUACAAAGUGCCCAGUGUGGCGAAUGAGAUCCAAAACCAAGUCUCUGUUAUAAUGCAGAGAGUUCAGUCGGAGCUGUCUCAGCAAGUCUCGUCCCUGCAGAGUGAUGGGCGGGUGGACGGCAGGGUGAGUUACGGUAACGAUGCUCUGAUGCCCGAUCAGGCCUACAGCUCUGCUCCCAUGGACCCCGGCCUGGACGGACUUGGCUUCAUCCACCCUGAGAGCUUCAACCAGCCCAACACAGAGAACCAUGUUGAGCCUGUUGAUGCCCGUCCAGUUCCAGAUAGAGGACUUCCCACACGACCCGUCUCUGCCCUGAAGCCAGAGGAGAUGCCACAAGUGCGGAUGGAGACUGAAGAGAGGCAAAGUGCUGGUUAUGAAGUUUACCAUCAAAAACUGGUGUUUUUCGCUGAGGAUGUGGGAUCCAAUAAAGGUGCCAUCAUUGGACUUAUGGUUGGAGGGGUUGUCAUCGCAACAGUCAUUGUCAUUACUUUGGUGAUGCUGAGGAAGAAACAAUAUACGUCUAUUCAUCAUGGUGUGAUCGAGGUGGAUGCAGCAGUGACACCAGAGGAGCGUCACCUGGCCAAGAUGCAGCAGAACGGAUACGAGAAUCCCACCUACAAAUUCUUCGAACAGAUGCAGAACUAAAGAACUGCUCGACCUUUCCUGACGUACCCCCACCCCACCACACCCACACAUGCUCUCACUGAUAGGGUCUGUUCCAUUCUGGUCCCUUUUCCACAGCCCCUACUCCUGCAGAUUCUCAAAGGAAAGGUGUGAAGGGAGAGGCAGAUUUUUUAUCUUGUCUGAAAGUUAGAAUAGCGUGAUAUCUUGUGUUGGAAAGUGAAAGUGAAAUCUUGGUGUUGGAGUCUCAGUCAGGGGUUUGGGGCCAAAGGGAAAGGACAUGGAACAAAACCUUCUUAAUCCCUGAUCCCUUGUUUGUAAAGAGCCACAGUUGAGUUUAUGUUUCCCUGCAACUGAUCCGACAAGGGUACCCUGUUUAACCUGCAACACUUCAGUCAAUCACAACAAAAACAUCACAGGCUGUGUCCCAAAUCACUCACUUGCCAUUUUAUAUACUGAAAAGUAUCAUGCCCCAGACAGAGGAUUUAAACAAAUGCAUUGUGGAAAGUAGUGAACAACCAGUGGUUACUACCUAAGCACAAGAAAUGACAGACGGACGACAGAGUACAGUAAAGCUGCAUUCAGACUCUAAGAUAUUUGCUCUUCACUCCAUGAGGUAAGGUGUGGAGUGUGAUGCAGACACUUGGCAACCACUGAGGUUAAAGUCAAAAUAAUUUGAACUUUGAGCGCAGAGCUGGAGAAGCGCUUUCACCUAGUCAGGUGGGACCGCUUAACUCCUAAGAAAAAAAGGCACAGCCACCGCACAGUUGUUUUAAUGCUCUAGAUCUAGUCUCUUGGUAUAAACCAAACAUUGUUCACAUAUAUUAAAACACAUUUUCCUCCCAUUCUGCUAUCUCUAUUUGGCAGGGGCACCAUCACUGUAUCCUGGGCUUUGCACAGUCCAAGACGAUUGUGAUUGGUUUAAAGAAAUACAAACGAGCCAGCCCCCUAUAGCAGAUUGAUGUUGAUGCGUGCACCAAUCUGUUCUCCAGCGCUGACAGGGCACUGCGGAGACAGGUCUGCCUAUGCGAGACUAGUGCUGAUCCUGUGCGUGCAGCUUAAUGACGAUUGGAAGCAUUGUGAAGGUUAAAACUCCAGUUUUUCUUAUCUCGUAAGUUGCAAAAUUACAUUGGAGUGUCAUGUCAGCACUGGAGAUAUAUCUAUUUUAAAUGUAUUUGAAUCUGGUUAAUAUAUUUAGAACAAAAAAAACAUUUACCAGCCAAUGUUGAUCUGGCAUGUUCUAAUUGUGUAUAAAUAACUACACAGAGAAAAUUAGUUUUUCCAUUUUGCGAAUGAGCUUCUUGUGUAGUCUUCUACGUAAAACUGCUGACAUGGUAAAUAGGGAGAUGUGAAUGAGUUAAUGCUUUCGGACGCAGCCGUCAUGUUUGUACUGAGAAACCCUGUUGAAGUUUAUAUGAAGUCUCACAGCUGAGACAAAAAAAACAUGUAAAUCUAAGCAGUUUAAAUCCAAGUUGCUCCCUCAUCGCUCCAACUGUUUGUUCCCAUUUUCUUCACACUCACAUCCUGGCUCCCCCCUCUCUCUCUCCGAUGACAGCUGUGCUGUGUUUGAUGACAUAACGGCUCUUAGAGCUGGCAACGGGAGGAGCGGCUCUCAGAGCGCCUCUCCGCACGAUUAAAGCCCAACUGUUUCAGGUUUGUUUUUCAAAAAAGGAAAAAAAAAGUGAAGAAAAAAUAUACAUAAUCAAAAUAUGUAAAAGUUGAAGAAUAUUGAAUGUUUUUGUUUUCUGAUUUUUUUAUGUGUAAUAUAUUAAGACAGAGAGUAGCUGUAAGUUUAUGUAGUGCAUGGCAAUAUUGAUGACAGAUACAGUAUACUGUAUGUUGAGGUCCUCGGGAGCGGUCCUCUUACUAGAUAUUUUAGCAGGAUUGUACAUUUCUAGUGUCUUCUUUGUGACCUUGUGAUAUGAAGAAGAAAAAGAGUAUUCAGAACCCGGUCUGCUUUGUUGUCACACAGACUUGCUUUAACUGAAUCUUAUGGCUCGUUAUGCUCAUCUCCAUGCUUCACUGUUGUGUUAGCUGCAUGGGCAAAAUGCUCUAUAUGUAAUAUAUGAAGUGUAAUAGUAUCCGAAAGGAAGACGAUUUUGUUACUGUUUGCGUUCUAUGCACUCUGUCAUUUUGGAAGUCUGAUUAUUAUCACCAAAUAUUAUUGCCGUUACGUCCCUGAUGCCAAUUCACGCUGUCGCUGCACAUUUAAUUUUAUUAGAACAAGGAGGUCAAACUUUAGAAAGGUUUUCUGAAAGUGUAUCAUUCCAGACUAAUCAUUCCACUCUCUUGAUUGUAAAUAUUUGGAAGAUGGAGAUCCAACUCAUCAAGCUCCACCUCUUGAUCUUCUCAGUCUUUUCCACUUAUUUAGUCUUUCUUUCUGACCCUCAUUUGUCCUGUUUAUAUCCUCUUUCUGGCUGUGUCAGCAAUGCUGUACAGCGCAGCAGGGAGUAUUUGCUAAAAAAAACGGGACUUGGGUCUACGUUUUUCUUUUCUUCACACACAUUCCUUCAUCAAAUCUCACAGACACAUUCUAUUUUUCUACAUUUCCUGUGUAUACAUGUACAGUGCUUCUGUUCGUCCUGUGGUGGAUGUUUCUUUGCCUAAAUAUUUGUCCUCCUUGUGAAGAGGUGCAGAAUUACCAUCAACACUGGGAGGAUGAGCACAGCUCACAACAGCAUUAAAGACACAUUACCCUCUCCCUGAAUUAAGUUAUUAACUCCACCUCCAGUAAACAUGAAUGUGAGAUGCAUUAUUGUGCUUUUAUACCAUAGAAUACAACACAUAUCACCUCUCUACACAUUAUAUCCACACGUGUACAGACACUAACUGAAGCUCUUAAUCAGGUGAAUGUUUAAAAUUUGUAUUGAUGCUCAUUCUGGGUGUCUUUUGGAAGCUUGUGUUUAAAAAAAGAAAAGAAAAAAAGAAAAGAUGAUUUUUUCCCCUCAUGGAUUCAGUGACCUUCCUCUGUGUGUAGUUUAAUGAACCAUUUGCUUAGAGUAAGAAAAAGCUUUCUACACUCACUAUACCAUGAAUAAAAUUUUGAAUGUACAUAACUGUU